UUUCAAUGGCCAAGGUGUAUUAUCAAGUACCUAGGAGCUUUUCUCCCUACCUCAUGACCACAAAGAGAGAAACAUUUACCGUAUGGAUGAAAUCGCUUUUGUAUCAGACAAAUGGUUGUACUGUCUACAACACGAAUGGUGAUAUCGUUUAUCGUGUUGACAACUAUGACAAAAAAGGUAGCAAUGAAGUUCAUCUCAUGGAUCUCCGAGGCCAAGUGCUCUCUACUAUAAGACGAAAGAAAUUACUUGCUUUCGGAGGUUGGGAUGGGUAUAGAUGCAGUGGUUCUAAUACAAACGAAGAACAACCAUGGUUUCAAGUAAAAAAAUGCAACAGAAUGCUUAUGGGAGACUUGGCUUGUCAAGUUUCUGUGGGCUAUGAAAAGUACUGGAUAGUUAGAUUAAUGGCUGAUGGCAAAGGAGCUUUUAGAAUAGUAAAUAAUGAGGGAGAUAUUGUUGCAGAGGCAAAACCAAAGCAGACAUCUUCAGGAGUACUGCUGGGAGAAAAUGUUUUAACUUUGGUGGUGGAGCCUCACAUGGAUCGUUCCCUAAUCAUGGCUCUAGUGAUUGUGUAUGGACUCCUUCGUCGUAGAAUGUAAAACA